ACACACAUCAUGAGAGCAGCUCACGAGACAAAUCCCCGCCGGAAACAUUUCUCCACUGAUGGACACAGAAAAUAAAAGCUCCUUUCACUCCGUCUCCCCAGCUGCAGGCACAUGCUCACAGCAAGUCCUGAAAGCGGCGUCACAGAAACCCCCCUUGUUACGUCACAGCAGCUUUUCUUAGACACACACUGAAAGGACCUAACCACACACAACCUCUUCUGCUCUGUUAGCCAAGGACAGAAGCUCCAGGAUGGGUUGCUCCUCAGGUCGUCAGCCCCCAGCUUCUGUCCUCCAUCCCGACCUGGACUUUGGCAACACCUUACCUCAGGACUGUGACAACCAGAACCAGAGUCUGAACGGCUGUGGAGACCACGGGGACGAGGAGGACAGCCUUGGAACAGGGCAGCCCAAACCUCCAGAGUCCCUUCACACACUUGAGAGGCUUGCCCAGGCUACGGGCGGGACAGAGAAGUCCUGGUACCGCUGUGUGUUUCCGUUUGGGGUGAUCUCUCUUGUGAUUGGCAUGGCGGGCACUGGGGUUACGUUCACGUUUAAUACCCUACCGCAGACAAAAGUGGUGUCGGUGGUGCUGCUGUGUGUCGGUGUGGUGAUGCUGCUGGUGGCAGCGGUUUGCUGGAGAGCACACAGACUGAGAAAAAGGAAGAAGAAAGAAGGCGGGUUCUUUGCUGAUCAGGGUACUUUGUGAUGGAGGGGUAACUUUAUACUUUUUUAGGACGAACUGAACUAAACUGCGUGUUUGAAAAGGGCAAAAGAGUGAGAUGGCUUUAGAUGU